AUGAGGUUCCUAUUAGCUUCUCCGAACUGACGGAGUAAAUACGCAGCAAACUCGAGGCAUUAAAAUCAAAUCAGUUGUGUUUGCAACGGCAUCAGGAGCGGAUCGGCCAAUAAAUAGUCGACAAUAGCAAUUACGGAUAUAAUUACAAUUAUGACUGUUACCUGUGAAAUUGAUUUCGAUAACAAUCCCCAUGGCACCUACUUUGGUGGCCAGGUUGUGAGUGGCAGGGUAACGCUGCGUCUGGACAAAGUGAAGUUGGUGAAAGCUGUCACGUUGAAUAUAACCGGAUAUGCUGAAACCCGAUGGAGCGAAAGGGUUACCACAAACAGGAGGAGGAGACGUCGCACGUUCUAUGGCCGUGAGGAUUAUAUUGCAUCCAAAACUUUUCUGGUGGGCUCCAAUCUCAGCUCACAAGUUCCCAUUGAAGCCGGCAUUCACACAUACAACUUCACUUGCCAGAUUCCCACCGAGUGCCCUUCAUCCUUUGAAGGCCUUCAUGGCAGGGUUCGUUAUAUGACCAAUGUGACCCUGGUCAGACCCUGGAAAUUUGAUCAGAGCUACACACGAUGCUUCACAGUACUGAAGGUUAUGGACCUCAAUUUUGAUAGUCCACUAUUGAGGGUUCCCGCCCACAGUGAGACCACAAAGACAUACUGCUGCUGGCCCUGCAAAUCGGAUCCUUUGUCCCUUCAGCUAACGCUUCCUCAAACUGGCUUUGUGCCUGGGCAGAGCAUUCCGCUCAGUGUGUUGGUCACCAACGAGAGUCACAUUCCUGUGGAGCAACUCCUGAUGACUUUUGUGAUGCUGGUCACCUGUCACAGCAAGCCACCUUCAAUGCCGAAUAGUACCUCCGAGCGACUGGUGGUCAACACUGUGAAGGGAGACUCUGUACAGAGGAAUUGCAAGAAGCUCUUCAGCUAUGAGAUUAGAGUUCCAGCCACUCCGCCCACCUGCUUCAAUCUGUGUGGCAUCAUUCAGAUUGCAUAUCAAGUAGAGGUGGAGGCUCAGGUUAAGGGCUGCCAUCACAACGAAGUGGUCAGUAUUCCUGUGACCAUUGGCAGUGUUCCACUGUCUCAGCAUGUGCUGAUCCAGCCACGGGGCAUGAUCAAUCAGCCUUUGGAUGUCAAUGGCUUGGGUGGUGGACAAAUAGCCACUGCUCCUCCUCCAAACGCAGCCAAUCCCUGGGCUAUCGAUGAUUCUAUUCCUCCUCCCAACUAUCAGGAGGCUCUGCACAUGCGCUCUACGGCUGACACAAAGACCGAUGAUUCCGACGAUCCAGAGCCGGUACAACCGAAUACUCUCAAUCUGGAUGGCAGUGCCUAUAGACCAUUGUAUCCAGUUUUUGACAUUCCAAGUCCCACCGCUCCUCCACCAACAGAUUAUACCCAGAACUAUAUGGCGGAGAGAGCCUUUGUUAAUCCUGCAAUUGAUGCAGACAAGGAUAAGGGUACAUGGCUUUAACAGGAAAGAAUUCUGAUCACGACUAAUAAAAGUAAUUACAAA